UCAAAUAAUUCGCACAACCAAAUCAUCAUUUCACAAAACAAACAAGAACCGAGAGACGAUUUGUGUUCCAAAAUCAAAAUCAACACUUUCACCGCCUCAACCGCUAAAUUAACCAAUCAUAAAAUCCUCACUCACACGUAAUAAUCCCCCAUAUGGCUUCUUCUUCAAUUCACUACGAUAUUCGCUGCGCCCUUCUUCUUCACUUGGCCACGUCAUCUUCAUCAUCGCCGUCGUCGUCGUCGCUAUCCACGAUUAGGACUCUCGGUCCCCACCGCAUCACCUCGCGCGCCUCCGCGGUGCGUCGGGUGCUGUCGUCGUUCUCCUCAUCGCCGCGGACGACGUCGUUCCGCGUCAGAGCUUUCUCCAAUGACGAGUCGAAAGAGGCCGUGGAGCUUCCGGAGAAGCCGUCGAUAUGCACCGCCGACGAGCUCCACUACGUCUCCGUGCCCGACUCCGAUUGGAGGCUCGCCCUCUGGCGCUACCGCCCUUGCCCCAAGGCCCCUCAGAGGAAUCACCCAUUGCUGCUAUUGUCUGGGGUGGGGACCAAUGCAAUUGGAUAUGAUCUCUCUCCUGAGUCGUCAUUUGCACGUUACAUGUCUGGGCAAGGAUUUGAGACAUGGGUUCUCGAAGUUCGUGGUGCUGGAUUGAGUGUUCAUGAAGCAAAUAGGAAACAAAUCCAGGAGUCUGCCCAUGCAAAAUCUGAACAAAUGGAAUCUGUGUCUAAGGGUGCAACAAAUGGAGCUUUUUCUGCAGAAAAACAGUCAAAUAGCUUCUCUGGUGCCCGUGCAAAAUCUGAACAGAUGGAAGCUGUUUCUCAGAGGGCAACUGAUGGAGCUAUUUCUACAGAAAAGCAGUCAAAUAGUUUUCCUGGUGCUCGUGCAAAAUCUGAACAGAUGGAAGCUGUUUCUCAGAGUGCAACUGAUGGAGCUAUUUCUACAGAAAAGCAGUCAAAUAGUUUUCCUGGUGCCUCAGCAUUUGAAACUCCUGUUCACAAAAUAAAUGAUCAGAUUUCAGCUGCCAAAGGAGACCUUACAAGUAUACCAACUGUAGGGGGCGAAUCAAAAUCCGUGACAAGUUUGACUGAAACUUUUACGCAGAUGUCAGAACGAUUGUCUGGCUUUCUUGGUGAAGGUCAAUCCAGUAUCAUCUCUGCUAAUUUACUUGAUCAAAUUUCAAAACUUUUUGCUGAUUCUACCUUAUCUGAGCGUUUCAAUGAUAUAAGCAAUAAGCUUUCAAGCCUCUUAGAGACAAGACAAAACUCUGCUAUUGCUAGCCAAAUCAGAGACCUCAGUCAAAGGCUUGUGAAUAUAAUUGAAGAAGGUCAGCGGUCUGUUUCUCCAUCACUGUUUGACUUGCAAGAGCGUCUUUCUUCCACACUAGAAGAUUUUCAGAAGCAACUUGACUUGAUGGUGAAGUAUGACUGGGACUUUGAUCACUACCUUGAAGAGGAUAUACCUGCUGUGAUGGAGUAUAUAUUGGCAGAAAGUAAGCCGAAAGAUGGGAAGUUGUUAGCUAUUGGGCACUCAAUGGGUGGGAUCUUGCUUUAUGCAAUGCUUUCACGAUGUGGUUCUGAAGGAAGAACGUGCAACCUAGCAGCUGUUGUAACGCUGGCCUCAUCACUUGAUUACACAUCUUCGAAAUCAACUCUCAAAUUGCUUAUACCACUUGCAGACCCCGCCCAGGCUCUCAAUGUCCCUGUUGUUCCUUUGGGGACAUUAUUGGCAGCGGCUUAUCCUCUCUCAUCCCGCUCUCCUUAUGUCUUAUCUUGGCUCAAUGAUCUGAUUUCAGCAGAGGGCAUGAUGCAUCCAGAAUUAUUGAAAAAGCUGGUUUUGAAUAACUUUUGCACAAUACCAGCAAAACUUCUGUUGCAGCUAACAACAGCUUUUAAGGAGGGUGGAUUACGUGACAGGAGUGGCACCUACUUGUAUAAGGAUCAUAUACAUAAAAGCAAUGUCCCUAUUUUGGCUCUUGCUGGAGAUAAGGAUCUAAUAUGCCCUCCUGAAGCUGUUGAAGAAACUGUUAAGGUAAUACCAGAGCACCUGGUUACAUAUAAAGUUUUUGGAGAAUCUGGAGGUGCACACUAUGCUCAUUAUGAUUUGGUAGGAGGCCGAAUGGCAGCAGAGCAAGUCUAUCCCUGUAUAAUUGAAUUUCUUAGUCAGCAUGACUGAAGAUUGAUUACCUGAAACCAUGAAACUUAAAUCGCUGUCAAAUCAUUACUGGACCAAGCCUGAUCUUAGAACAGGCUUUGAAAGCUGCCAUCAUUGAUACUGUCACACAUGCUCAUCAUGUUGUUAGGAUUUCUGGUGCAGAGAAGCAUUACUAGCAGAAAGAGACACUAAAUUAACAAGAAGAGUGCACAGGAGAUGUUUUUCUUCCGAGAGCGGAAUGCACAGUUAUUUUAUAAACACAGUUCUGUUCACCGCCACUCGUGGAUAAUUUGUAGAUGUAUAUUCAUGAUAAUUUGUUCAUAAAAGGUCAUUUGUUGUUUUCUGUA